CCGCGGGAUCUCUCACUAAUCACAUUUGCCCACAGUGUUCAGCAACGGACACAUCUCCUCCUCCAGCAGCUUCCCCCAUCCUCCACUGUCUCACACAUUUUUACAACAAACCCUCGGCCGAAAAAAAAACUCGCAGAAAUGUCCCGCUGGAUUGUCAACCUUCUCUUGGUCGUCCUUGGCGUGGCUGCUCUCUCUAGCCAGGCAUGGGGACAAUGUUCGAAGUUCGGCCACUCGUGUUACGGCGGACACGGCAAGCGGAGCGAGGACCAAUACCCUUCCAGCAUCGACUACGCAGCAGCCAAUCAGGUGCCCGCCCUCGCUCUCAAGGCAGCCCAGGACGACGCCCUGACCUGGGAUGACUCCGCCCCUUCCGUCUCCAACCCCGAGAUCAUCGCUAAUGUUCGAAACUGGCUGUCUGUCCUCGGCCGUCGUCUCCGCCAGAGGACGUCUUCUCAAUCUGCCACCUCGGCGUCGCAGUCUUAUGGUUUCCUACAGUAGGAAGUCGUUCCCAGAAACCUCGAAACAAACAACAACAACAAUAUGCCGACGAGUCCUGACAGCUCAAAUUACGACCACACUCAUAGAUAAAAAAAGAAAAAGAAGAAGGAGGAAACAAAAAAGAGAAAAUGACGACGACGAUGGCGAUGACAUUCCACGAACGGCGUCAUGUUUGUUUUUGGUUUUUCCCUUUCUCCGCGUGGGUGUUCCAAUAUGGCUCCUCCUGUUGAUGUUCUGCUGCCGAUAGCGUUCGCGAGGUGGAACCGCAUUCGUGUGGAUUCAUCUUCUCCUGGGAUGGUUUGACGCGGCGAAUGACGGCUUCGAGUGGGACGAGAUCUGCUAAAUUUCAAGAUAAAACUGAAAUAUGAAAAAUAAAAAGAUGGAGGAGGAUUUUUUUACAAAAUGGUUUUGUAUUUACCCUGAGUUUUUUCCCCCUCAUUUCACCCUUAAUUCAGUUUAGAAAAUAGUUUCCAUCCAUUGUUAAGUUCCAAUGUCAUUUAACACCUCCACCAUCAAAACACAAAUAGACACACACACACACACGUACACACACACACACACACACACACACAUACACACACACACACACACACAUACACACACACACACACACACACACACACACACACAUACACACACACACACACACACACACACACACAUACAAACAAACAAAGAGACACACAUACAUACAUAUUAUACAGACAACUUACAGACAGACAGACAUGUACCUGACUUCUCCAUCUGCACUGGUUAUUAAAAUCGCGAGACCAAUAUUACCACAGAUCCGUCACGGUACAAGUGACGUAUUGACAUUCCCAAGCAGAAGACAAUGGUUACUGAAAACCGUCUCUUCAUUCAUCUUAAGGAGGAAAUCUUCCCACACGACGCUGCUUAUCUCCGCAUCGCAAAUGUUAAACAAAGAAGAAGUAAAAAAAAAAGUUUUAAUAUGUGUUUUCAGCCUGAAUAUAACCAAAUACACAUAUCUGUAUAAAUGAAUGUUAGUCCACACAUAGGCCAAUACUACCCCACUAUUUUCUGUCACUGUUGUACAUGCAAGGAAUAUGUGUCACCCACAUUACUUCUGUUAUUUCUCUUGUAUAUUCUUCUGAAAUAAGGGUCGUGGAAGCAGGAACACCAUAACACACCAUUGAGGGCCAUUUGUAAUACCCAUUGUAUCAAAUUUUCCGAUGUACUAUAUGAUUUUUAAAAAAAUAAAGUGUCGGGGUCUCUAUGUAACGACAAAUUAACUUUUAGCUUGUCUAUUCCUCAUAAAAAAUGACUAAGCUAUAAUGUUUGCAGAAUUUAUAAUAGAUAACGAUAUGUAACAGUGUCCUGAAACUCCCAACUGUCUUGUCUAUAUGCUAUAUAGUGUUCUAGGGGCUGGGCUGUUGCAGGCUUAUUAUAUCUGUGGCUGUAUCAUAGAGAAGAAAAAACGAAAUAAAAAAAGCUUUCA